AUGAAGAUGAUGACAUGCAUCGUCGCUAGCAUCCUGCUGAUGCUUUCACUGGAGGCCUCCCUUCUGGUCGCCGGCCGCCCCUCGGUCGCCGACGACGUGGGCUCCAUCCUCCUGCCGAGCCAAGGUGCGGACGAGGAGUUCCAAGCAGCAGCAGUCAAUCGGGGGAGGCAGCCGUGGAAGUGCUGCGACCAGCCCAUAUGCAGCGGGUGGAAGUAUCCGGUCUGCGAGUGCGCGGACGAGGUCGACGAGUGCGCGCCCACCUGCAAGUCCUGCGUGCCGUCCAAGGCGAACGCCACCCGCAAAGUGUGCGAGGACACCUUCAUCGGCAAGGCAGGGCCCGGGUGCACGGAGAAGCCAUGGAAAUGCUGCGACGAGCCUUUCUGCUCCGGUGAGGACCCGCCGACGUGCCACUGCGCCGACGAGGUCGAGCAGUGCGCCCCGACCUGCAAGACCUGCCUGCCGGCGCUGCUUCACCCAUAG